UUGGAUAAUUAGGGUUCUAGCACUAGCAAUGGAUCCUCCGGAACGGUGCCGUUCAGAGCAAGGAGGUGCGUCUCGUCCCGUGGGCUGGACAGGAAGGAACGGGAGAUCUUACUCAGCUAAACGCAGCGUUUCGCAGGUGAAACACUGUAUUUUCGGGCCGGGUCCCGCAUUAUACUAUUCAGGCCCGAUCCAUAAAAACAGGAGGGGCAAAAUGAGACAGAGAGAAUACUUGGGGGAGCAACUUGAAAAUAACCCAAAAACCGACAAAAGGCUGCGAAGAGGACGGCCGCUGCUGUCACUGGUUAACUGUAUUGAGCUCCGUUUCCCCAUUUCCCUCCCUCUGCGCUCUGCCUCUGCUCAGCUCGUUCCUUCCUUCGUUCCCUCUCCAAUGGCGGCUUUGCCUCUGCACUCGAUCUGCGUUGCAAAGACUUGCCAAGAGUCCACUCUUGGUGUCUCUUCUCCGUUCUCAUCGAAGGUAUCGCCUCUCAUUUCCGUCAGGAGGAGCCGGCCUGAGCUCAAGAGACUCACGGCCUCCGCUGGAAGUCUGGACAAUCCGAUCGCCGCCGACAACUCCUUUUCCGUCAACCGCUCCGCUUCCUCCGCUUCCCGAUCAAAGGUGAAGCGGCACACGAUAUCGGUGUUUGUUGGGGAUGAAAGUGGUAUGAUAAAUCGGAUCGCCGGGGUGUUCGCUAGACGGGGAUAUAACAUUGAGUCCCUUGCUGUUGGUCUGAACAAGGAUAAGGCGCUUUUCACCAUAGUUGUUUCUGGAACUCAGAAAGUGUUGCAGCAGGUCACGGAGCAGCUGCAAAAGCUGGUGAAUGUGCUGAAGGUUGAAGAUCUAUCCAGUGAGCCACAGGUAGAACGUGAGUUGAUGCUUGUGAAAGUAAAUGCUGAACCUAAACACAGAGCUGAGAUUAUGUGGCUGGUGGGCAUAUUCAGAGCGAAAAUCGUGGAUAUUUCAGAACACUCCUUGACCAUCGAGGUAACUGGGGAUCCAGGAAAGAUGGUUGCUGUCCAGAGAAAUUUAAGCAAAUUCGGCAUCAGGGAAAUUGCCCGCACUGGGAAGAUUGCCUUGAGACGGGAGAAAAUGGGUGCAUCUGCCCCGUUCUGGCGAUUUUCAGCAGCUUCAUAUCCGGAUCUAGAAGGACCUACACCGAUCAAUGCUAUGGUGUCUGGUGCUAGGGAUAGAAUUGUUGACAGUGGAAGUGAUUUUGUUGGGGGAGAUGUUUAUCCUGUGGAACCAUAUGCAAGCUCUUCCGUCAAUCAAGUCCUUGAUGCACAUUGGGGUGUUCUCAAUGACGAAGAUACAAGCGGACUGAGAUCCCAUACACUCUCGAUGCUUGUGAAUGAUAUGCCGGGAGUUCUGAACAUCGUGACUGGUGUGUUUGCUAGAAGGGGGUAUAAUAUCCAGAGUUUGGCUGUUGGGCACGCAGAAACUGAAGGGAGCUCUCGCAUUACAACUGUAGUGCCCGGCACAGAUGAAUCAAUUGCCAAGUUAGUUCAGCAACUUUAUAAACUGGUGGAUCUUCACGAGGUUUGUGAUAUUACAAACAUACCAUUUGCAGAGCGUGAGUUGAUGUUGAUAAAGAUCGCAGUGAAUGCUUCUGCUAGACGAGAUGUGCUUGACAUUGCUAGCAUCUUCAGAGCCAAGGCCAUUGAUGUGUCUGACCACACAAUAACCCUUGAGCUAACAGGAGACUUGAAUAAGAUGGUUGCACUGCAGAGAUUGUUGGAACCCUAUGGCAUUUGUGAGGUGGCACGAACUGGGAGGGUAGCAUUGGUACGUGAAUCAGGGGUGGAUUCUAAGCACCUCCGUGGGUACUCUUUCCCAGUCUGAUUCAUCUGAAGAUCUUCCUGCAAGAUCAUGAGAGUUUUGAUUGGCAGAUGAAAUUAUUGCCUCGCUGUGGCAUGAUUUCUUAAUUUUGUAGGAUCCGAAAAUCGGAAUUGGAGAUUUUUCUUUCAUUGUGUAUAGUCUUGCACUCGGUACUGCAACUUAUUUCAUUUUCUUCUGCUGUAUGAAACUCUAUCACCUCUAAGUCAAUCACGAGGGUUUGUUCUGGAAAU